AUGGCAGCAUGGUACUGGAUUUCUGGUUGGAUUCUUAGUGUUAUGUCCAUCGUUGGCAAUGGUUUCACAAUAUGUUUAAUCAUAACCAGACGCCGAUUGUUCACUCUUCCCAACUGGAUUAUUCUCUCGCUGGCCUUGGCCGAUUUCCUUUUUGUCUUGAGCUACUUUCCGGCUUCGUUUUUCUGCAAUGUGUUCUUCCAUUGCCAUCGUGGACACCGCAUUAUGGUGGCGUCCGUCUUCAUGUAUGCUUCUGUAACAAAUUUGAUUGUUCUGACCAUCGAUCGGUAUAUCUCCAUUGCACUGCCAUUACGAUACGUUGUUAUGGUGACUACUCGACGUGUUUUGGCCGCUAUCAUUUCAGCCUGGCUUCUUUCGUUAUCCCUUGCUCCAAUUCAGUAUUUGGUAGAGAGGACAGAAUCAAAGGAUUUACAAAGAACGUUUGAAAUAACCCGAAUAGCAGUCAUGGAAGUAGUACCCACUGUUGUUUUAAUUACUACUACUAUUCGAAUGCUAUUGAUUAGAAAAAAGCACCGUCAACAAGCCGCCAUUCAAGUCGCUCAAUUACGCUACAACAAAUGGAGGGGGGAACCUGAUUGUCACUUCAAACCGUCAAGAACGCGGAGAGAGAUGUCAACUGUUCAAAUAAUAUGCGCUGUAGUAACUGUCUUUGUCGUUUGCUAUGCCACAAAUAUUCUUUUGUCUUUUUGUAUUGGUCUUCAUAUCUGCGACCCACCGACUGAGAUCCGGGAUCUUUUAGGGAUCUUGUUGAUUGUGAACUCGUUAGUUAACCCUUUUGCUUAUGCAUUUUUUAAAAAAGACAUAAAAAAAGAGUGCGAGGGGAUUUUAUGUCGAAAACAAAUAGCUGACAAAACACGAUGA